AUGAUUUUCGUAUCGUUUUGCUGCUGUCACAUGAAAUAACAUAAGAAGGUUUUUCAUUUAUAUCUACGAUCACCACUAAAAUCAUCACCAGUCCAUAAAAUAUUGAUAUUUUCGGUAGAAAAAAACCAUCGAUUUAGUUCGAACGACGAAAGUAUCAACCAAAUUUCAAGUGACUAAUUAAUAGGCAGACCGAAAGACCACAUCAAGAUUAUCAAGAUGCGUUACGUCCUAGGAUAUUCAUUUGCGGGAACGCUAAUAUCUGUAUCAACACUUCUAGUUUUAUAUCAUGUAUUGACUGGAAAAGGUGAACGUGUCAGUUUUGCUUGGUUUUUGAAUGAUACAUCGCCCUAUAUGUGGUCCGCCGUUGGUAUCGCAUUAGCUGUUGCAUUAUCAGUGGUUGGCGCAGCCAUAGGCAUUUACACGACUGGUGUCAGUAUUAUUGGUGCUGGUGUCAAGGCACCACGUAUCAAAACGAAAAAUCUCAUUUCGGUCAUCUUCUGUGAAGCGGUUGCCAUCUACGGUCUUAUCACGGCCAUUGUGUUGACUGGCAGCAUGGACGAGUUCGAUUUGAAGACCGCAGGCCCAAAUGUUGAUACAAUCAUUUCAAACAACUGGACCGCUGGUUAUAUCAUGUUCGGAUCUGGUUUGGCUGUUGGCCUAGUGAAUCUUUUCUGCGGCUAUGCUGUCGGUGUUGUAGGUUCGGGUGCAGCCUUGGCCGAUGCAGCCAAUCCAAAUCUGUUUGUGAAAAUUUUGAUUGUUGAAAUUUUCGGUUCGGCUAUUGGUUUGUUCGGUUUGAUUGUCGGCAUUUAUAUGACAUCAAAGAUUAAAAUGGGCAACAAAGUCUAAGCAUUUGAAAUGGAACAAAACUAAAGAAAAACCAUCUUGUUUUUAUUUUUGAUUUGUUCAGCACAAUUCAAACCAAUUCAAUCAUUUCAAAAUGUUUCUUUACAACAAAUAAAAUAGUUUAAAAAAAUCAAUUUUACUUUCAACAAAUAGAAAAUGCUGGCGAAGUGCUGUAGUGAAUGACCAACAAUCUAUCAGAUAAAAUCCACAAGCGUAUGGUCAAUUGUUUUGUGUAGAUGUCAUUUUAUGUUCAUGUGAUCACUCGAAUCGAUGCAAUCGAACCAAUAGUAUUUUCAAACCAUAUGUUUUUUCACUCACAUGAUCUCACACAAACAAAUCACACGGCACAAUGAUUCGCACGAAUAUUAUCGUUCAAACAAAACUGCUCAUUCCAAAAAAAUAAAAUAAACGUUCGACCAACAUCGAACAGUAUUUUUAUUCUGAAAAUACAUCAAUUUUUUUUUUGAAUUAAAGGAAUCAGUGACUCAAUCAAUAUUCAAUUUUCCAUCGGCAUUUUUGGAUUGGUUGAAAUUAAUUAGUCGUUUAGUUAAAAUAUAUUAUAAUCGUGUAAUUAUGAAACAUGUUAAACUGUACACAUUUAAUAAAAAAAAAAAACAAAGAAUUAUCAAAUGAAGUAAUAAUAUACGUGAAGAUUUUCAGCUAAUAUAUAAAUACCAAAAUUUAUUGGCGUAAUUGCUUAUUCACAUACAGCA